CUGCCCAUCAUCCAUCCCUGCUCGUUCACUCAGUUCGAUUUCCGACCCACAGUUCUUGGAAACCAGAGAGAGAGAGGGAAAAUGGCUUGUGCGAGAUUUCUGUGUUCCUUCAUCCUCGUCGCGAUCGCUUGCUCUGGGGCUGCAGCUGCCUCCGACGACUCCGACCUUGAGUCCUCCAUCCUCCAGACCAUCGGCAACACCCACCUCGCCCUCUCCUUCGUACAGUUCGCCCACGGGUAUGGGAAGAGGUACGAGACAGCGGAGGAGAUCAAGCUGAGGUUCGAGAAUUACAGGGAGAAUCUCAAGCUCAUUCAAUCCACCAACAAGAAGGGCUUGCCUUACACUCUUGGUGUCAAUCAGUUUGCUGAUUGGAGCUGGGAGGAGUUCACGAGGCACAGACUGGGAGCUUCUCAAGACUGCUCUGCCACCACUAAGGGCAACAACAAGCUCACCGACGAAGUUCUUCCCGAAUCGAAAGACUGGAGAGAAGAUGGCAUUGUAAGCCCAAUUAAGAAUCAAGGCGGCUGUGGAUCUUGCUGGUGUUUCAGUGCCACCGGGGCUCUCGAGGCUGCUUAUCACCAAGCAUUCGGGAAAGGAAUCUCUUUGUCCGAGCAGCAGCUCGUGGACUGCGCGUCGGCUUUCAACAACUUUGGUUGUAAAGGUGGGUUGCCGUCCCAAGCCUUCGAGUACAUCAAGUACAACGGCGGCCUUGAUACCGAGGAAGCAUAUCCUUAUACCGCAAGGGACGGUUCGUGCAAAUUCUCGGCUGGCGCUGUCGGUGUCCAAGUCCUCGACUCCGUUAACAUCACCUUGGGUGCUGAGGAUGAACUAAAGUAUGCAGUUGCCAUGGUCCGGCCGGUGAGCGUGGCGUUCCAGGUCGUGAGAAGCUUCCAGCUCUACGAGUCGGGCGUCUUCACCAGCGAUACAUGCGGUAGCACUCCCAUGGAUGUGAACCAUGCUGUUCUUGCCGUCGGGUAUGGAGUCGAAGACGGUGUUCCGUACUGGCUCAUCAAGAAUUCCUGGGGAGAGAACUGGGGCGACAAUGGAUACUUCAAGAUGGAGAUGGGGAAGAACAUGUGUGGUGUAGCUACUUGUGCAUCGUACCCUAUCGUGGCAUAGAUUGUUUCCGGAGAAACCAAUGGACUCGUGCGCCGGGUGAAUCGAGACAUAUUGCUCCGCCUCGAGGCCGGGUGCUAUAAUGUAGCUAGGGCUUAAGUGUACAAAAAUAAGCUUCAGGACAGUUGCAACUCCAUGUGGUUGCUUACUGUUAUGUCAACGAAGACCUUAUCAAUUCCUAUCUAUGUUUGUGUGGCAUAAAACUCUAUCGUUGACAGAAUAACGCAUUGCAGCCGAGGAAAAUGUGGUUCGUCGGCAAUUGACACGGCACGGAGUUGAACGGGGAAAAAUUUCACUCGAA